AUGGGGCAGCAUCGGCUUGAGGAUCUUGUAGAAACAACUGCUGAUCAGGUGCCCUCUGAUUUUUCUCAAGCAGCUGCACCUUACGUUCCAAUUCCGCUAACCAGUCUAACUCCUGCUUCUUCUUUCUCGAACGGCUUCUAUAACUCUCGACGCCGCCGCGACGCUGCUCUACGCGGCCCCUGCUCCGCGUCGUUGGCUGCUGCCCCAUCGAUUGGCCACGUCGACGGCCUCGGCGCCACCGAGUUGUUCGACCGCCUCCUUCCCACCAUGCCCUGGAACACCCUCAUCGACACCGUCAUGGGGGAGCUGCACGCGCGGGGCAAGACUCUCCACAACGUCGCCGAGGUGCUGAGGGCGGUGCCCAUCGACCCGCACGUCGUCGCCGCCAUCAAGGCCGCCUACGGCCUCGGCUGCGACCUCAGGGUCCUCUGCGACGCCAACCUCUUCUUCAUCGAGACCAUCCUCAACCACCACGGCCUCCGGGGCUACUUCUCCGAGAUCAACACCAACCCGAGCCACGUCGAUGCCGACGGCCGCCUCCGCAUCGCGCCGCACCACGACUACCACGCUGGCCCGCACGGCAGCGGCCUCGGCACCUGCCCGCCCAACAUGUGCAAGGGCCAGGUGCUCGACCGCACCCGUGUUGGCAUUUCAUCGAACACCCUGAGCGCGGUGGUGACGAAGACCCUGAGCGCGGCGGCCGGCCUUGGCAUAGGCGUCUGCUAG